AUGACAUACUUGGAGAAGGGUCCUUGUCAACCAUAUGAACAUGAUUUCCCAAGAAGACCGAUGGGGAAUGAUAAUAGAUGUUUUCGGAAAGAAUGGUUCUCCGAAUUUCAUUGGUUGGAAUACAGUAUAGAAAAGGAUGCGGCGUAUUGUUUGCAUUGCUACUUGUUCAAACCUGAUAGAGGGAGUCAAGGGGAUGGACAUAUAUUUACUAAGACCGGCUUUAGGGAUUGGAAGCACAAAAAGACAUUGAAAGAUCAUGUCGGUCUCUUUGAUAGUUCUCAUAAUCAAGCUUUUGCAAAGUGUACCAACUUGAUGAAUCAAAAGCAAAGUAUCUCUUACGUUAUUUCUAGCCAAAGUAGUAGUCAACAACAAAGUUAUAGGACCAGGUUGACUGCGGUGCUAGAUUGUACUAGACUCCUCUUGAUGCAAGGAUUGUCAUUUCGUGGUCAUGAUGAAUCGGAAGAGUCUCUUAAUAGAGGAAAUCUGAUUCAGUUAUUGAACUGGUAUGCAGCUCGUUGUAAGGAAAUUAAAGAAGUAUUAUUUAGUAAUACUCCUGGAAAUGACCAAAUGACUUCACCAAGCAUCCAAAAGGAUUUGAUUAAUUGUUGUGCUGUAGAGACGACAAGGGCUAUUAUCAAUGAGAUUGGUGAUUCUUUGUUUUCAAUUUUAGUUGAUGAGGCUCGCGAUAAUUCUAUGAAAGAACAAAUGGCAGUUGAUGCCAUUGAUGCAAUAUUUUCUACACAUGGGUUGAGUAUAUCUAGUCUGAGAGGUCAAGGCUAUGAUGGAGCAAGUAAUAUGUCAGGUGAGUUCAAUGGGUUGAAAGCUUUAAUUCUUAGAGGGAACCCGCAUGCUAUGUAUGUUCAUUGCUUCGCUCACCAGCUUCAGUUAGCAAUUGUAUCUGUGGCACGUAGGAAUUGUAUGGUUGGUGAUUUUUUGGACGUACUUGCUAUUAUUGUGAAUUUGGUUGGUACAUCAUGUAAGCGUGUAGAUGCUCUUCGAACAAGUUAUCAAGCUAAUAUUCUGGAGAAACUUAAUGCUGGGGAACUUACUGGUGGAAGUGGUCAGUUUCAAGAAAUGAGUUUGGCACGCCCAGGUGAUACUAGAUGGGGCUCACAUUUAUUGACAGUUACUUGUUUCAUUAAUAUGUUUAAUGCUAUUGUAGAUGUUCUUGAGAAUAUAUCAGAAGAUGCCGUACAUUCAGAUAAAAAAUCUUCGGCCUUAAGACAGAUGAACAAUAUGCAAGAUUUUGAGUUUGUGUUCAGUCUUCACUUUAUGUUUGAAAUUCUUGCAAUUACAGACCACCUUUCACAAGCCUUACAGAAAAAGGAUCAGGAUAUUCAGAAUGCUAUGAGGUUAUUGAAUUUGUAUAAGUGUGCAUUGCAAAACUUGAGAGAGAAUGGUUGGGAUACUUUAUUCAGUAGGGUGAUUGAGUUUUGUGUUGAUAGACAUAUUUUAGUGCCUAAUAUGGAGGAUAUUGUAGUGGUGAAAGGUCGACCUAGGCGUGUAGCUCAACAGGUGACUUAUUUUCAUCGCUUUUAUGUUGAUUUGUAUUGUCAUGUGAUAGACUCAAUCUUGCAAGAGUUGAAUGAUCGAUUUCCAGAAACAACUACUGAGCUCUUUACUUGCAUUUCAUGUUUAAGUCCAAGAGAUUCAUUUGCAGCUUUUGAUAAGGAUAAAUUGCUACGUUUUGCUCAGUUCUAUCCUUUGGACUUCAAUAGUGAAGAACUUUUAUUACUUAGACCUCAACUUGAUAAGUUUCUUUUGCUUGUGAGAAUGGACGAAGCUUUCUUUAAUCUCAAUAGUAUAUCCUGUGUAGCUCAGAAGUUGAUUGAAACUAGAAGUUCUUGUUAUUUUCCAUUGGUUUAUAGGCUGCUCACCUUGGCUUUGAUAUUACCUGUGGCAACUGCAAGUGUUGAAAGGGUAUUUUUUGCUAUAAAUCUAAUCAAGAGUGAUUUGCGCAACAAAAUGGGUGAUAUCUGGUUGAAUGACAAUUUGGUGGUUUACGUGGAGAAAGCUGUUUUUAAACAAAUUGAGAAUGAGACAGCAUUCAGUGCAGUUAAUACCUUAAUAUUAGUCCAGGGUGCUAAUCCCUGUAGUCAACGGGAUUGA